AUGGGAAAGCGCGCGCUUUUUCUUACGGCUCUCGGUGAUAAACAUUCGAAUGGAGAUCCUUCUAAUGCAAACCGAUUUUAUUUAGGCGACAACAACAACAUUGUGAUCUAUUUGCAGAUACAUGAUAGAAUCAAAAAGACCAAAAUUCAACAAAAUGACCAUCAACAACAACCCAUGACUAUGGACAUGCUCCGCCAGUUGUUCCUCGACAAGUUUGAUGACUCAAUGAUACCUGACACCCGCAUCAUCCAUAUACGUGAUCCGACAAGCGGCAUCUUUUAUGAGCUCGAAGACAUUCAAGACGUUGUACCCCAUUGUUUACUCUUGCUUCAAUCAUCAAAAGGCAUGCAAGUAUAA